CCAGUGCAGGACCAGAGGAUGCUUCAGAAGCCUAUCCUGUCAGUGGCUUAGAGUAUUUUCUCUUGCAGUAGCACCAGAGAAACCAUAUUCUGAUUAGAGAAGUGCUUAUUGUAGUUUUGGUUUCUUUCUCAGGGUCCCACUUUUCUACGUGCCUUUUUGAAUCUCUGUGGUAAAGAUACCUCACAAUCACCACAUGAACGGCUCCAUGUUUCCAGCCACUCAUCCUCCUGAACAUCACCACCCAACGGCAUCCUCAGAACACAGCCAUGGAUCUGACAUGAUGAUGAUGGCAAUGACUUUCCACUUCAGCUAUGAGAACGUGCCAUUGCUGUUUUCUGGACUUACAAUCAAUAGUCCUGGAGAAAUGGCUGGUGCUUUUGUGGCUGUCUUCUUCCUGGCCAUGUUUUAUGAAGGUCUUAAGAUUGCCCGGGAAUGUCUGCUCCGUAAAUCCCAGGUCAGCAUUCGCUACAACUCCAUGCCAGUGCCAGGUCCCAACGGCACCAUCCUGAUGGAGACACACAAAACUGUGGGACAGCAGAUGCUGAGCUUCCCUCACCUCCUGCAGACCGUGCUGCACAUCAUCCAGGUCGUGGUCAGUUACUUCCUCAUGCUGAUCUUCAUGACAUACAACGGAUACCUCUGCAUAGCCGUGGCAGCCGGGGCAGGGAUGGGCUAUUUCUUCUUCAGCUGGAAAAAGGCGGUUGUUGUGGAUAUCACAGAGCACUGCCAUUAACAGCGGACACUGCCCAAAAGCCUCUCCACCCCACUGCUCUCUUGAACAAAAGGGAUCUCUUGAAGGGAGGGAUCCUUCCUAAGCUGACAGAGAAUCAAUGUACAGAAAAUGAACUGGAGUUCACCACAGGUUCCUGGCCGGAGUGCAGGGAUGUGAGGAGCUGGGGUGUGCUGCUUGCUUGCUGCAGGGCAGCAGUGUUGACUCGAGGGUCCUAUGGUUGCCACUCUGGGCCAGGAUUUGCUUUAGUCUUAGAUUAUGCCGUGAUUGAAAUUAGUUGGCUGACAGAAAUGUAGAAGUUAUUCUUUAAGAAAACAAAAAAAAGAAAACAAAAAGCAUUUUAUUUUUAAAAGCUCAUCUGGGAGGGUUUCAUGAACAGCAGGGAAAGACCAGAGUCACCCAUGGAGCUACAUGUGUGAAUGGCUGUUUUAAUUCUGCUUGUUUCAAGCUGUACAGGAUGCCAGGGGACAUCUCCCUGGCACUGUGGCUUUUGGGGCCAGUGACACCUUCUGAUGCAGAAGGAGAUUUUGGUGCUGCACCUCAGACACGCUCAGGUGCGUGCUGCAAGGGAGUACUUUACAUAAGUGUGUGACCUGGGGUCUCAAUGGCCUGUCCCCAAGUCCAUCCGUGUAUGAUGAGUGUUGAUAACUGGAUGUGUCCAGCAGCAUUACUCAGCUUCAGGUGGUAACAUUUAAGUUUGGCUGCUUUCAAUUCCCAGUCAUGGAAAUACAUGGAGUAGAUGCAGGACAAUUGUGUAUUUACAGGGCAAAAAGACUAUAAAUAACCCAUUGAACCUGCAUUUACUUCAUGUUGGAUUGCACCUGGGUGGAGCUAGAGGUGGGCUCUGGUUGAACUAGUUCUGUAAAUGAGGCAAGAGCUAAAUAAUGAUUUCAUGACACUAAAGGUUAAGAUGUCUGAAGCGGGCAUUCCCUGGUGGAAAUGAAGGAGGUAAAACAGUCGUGUUCCUGUAAAGGAGAGAUCUGGGGAAGAGAAGAAAGAAAAGAUAGAACUGAGCAGGCUUUGGUCUCUUCUCAGGUGAAACUUGGAGCAAUUUGGGCUGAUUAAAAAGUGUUCCUGACCCAGAUGACUCCUCUUUGUCUUGAUAAUUGUGCUGUGACCUUAGCUUGGAGGUGCAGGAGUUACCUGUGCUGGCCGUGCAGUGAAGAGCUCCCACUUGUCGUGGGCAGGACAGGCUGUGACACGGGCAGAGGCAGCCUCCUGCGUGAGUUGUCCACCUCUCACCCUGCGUUUUCUAGGGAGCAGUUUUGGUUUAGCACUUUGUUAUGGAAGGGAGUGGUGUGCAGAGCGUGGUGCAAAGCUGGAGUCUCCAUCGCACUCGGGAUGCCCAGUUUGUGCUUGUAACAGGCUGGAAGGGAUGAAGGUGGGAUUUUCACUGGAAAACAGGCAAUACCUGCAGACAGGGACUGGUGCCUGAGAUCUGCCCUGAGAACAGGGAAUCCUCCUGAGGUAAAAGUGUCUGGGCACGUGCAUCAGCACUUUUCUCUCCAGAGAUGUAACUAGUCCCACAGUAGCUGCGUAAGGAAAGCUGGGAAUUACGUUUUAGCCCAUAAGGGAGGCCCAUCCCUGUGGCGGUGGGUUCUUCUGCGUUGAUGGUCCAUCAGCAGCCCAGAGCACACCCUCACCCUACCACUCUCUGUGAAGGGCAGCAGGAAGUCCAUUACUGCUGCUGCCAGGAUCCUGAAUUGCUCCACGUGAAGUUGACUGUCCCAGGUUGAUGCCAUCUGUUUGUUUGGACAUCUUGUUUUCUUAGGGCAGCCCAAGCACAGCAUGCAAUUUGAUGAGGUAAAGGCAGGGGUCAGUUCCUAAAGAGCUGCUUUCUGUAGUGACUUUGCAUCUAGGUGAAAAAGGCAAAGAAUCCGAGCCCCCUCCUCAAGAGAGAGAGGAAAAGCUCUUCCCCAGUGUGACCUUUGAAGGGAGUUAACCCACCAGGCUGCAGAAGGACAGAUGCUGCUCUCUGCACCUGCCCCAAAGGUAAAAAUCUCUGUAAGCAAUCCUGCCUGUCUUCAGGAGCAGAAACCAGACCCUGCCACCCUGAGAGCUGUGAGGGAAUCUGAGUGCUUGUCAGGGAAGAGUGAAGCAGUUGAGUGCUGGAGAUGGUGGGCUCUGGUUUGGAAGCUUUAACCUGCAGGGCUUGAUCCCUGGGGUUGAUCAGAACCGAUAGUGGCAGCGCUGCUCUGGUCAUUUCUCUGCAGUGAGCUGGAGCUGCUGCACCAGGGAUUAGAGUCCCAAGGGGCUCUGUGUGACACCAGUUACUCCAUGUACCUCUUGCUGUGUCUUUCUCUAAAAUAGAACCUUCCCUUUGCCUGAUCCUGCUGUCUCCUUUUGGGCACCCAAUUCUCUGGUUCAAGUGACGAGAGAUGGAUGAGUCAGAGAUCAGGCAGUAGCUGUGGCUUUCACAAUCUAAGCCAGGUUCUCCUUAGCUUUUCCGCCUCAUUUUACCUGUAGCAUGGAAACUGUUUCCUCCCAGAGGUGAUCCCCCUGUGUUCAGUGUGCAGUUGGGUGCUGAUGCUGCCGCAGCAGUGGUCACCUGCAUGGUAAGAGCCCCCGCAACAGUCCCUGGUACCCUGGCAGUGAUGGUUGGAGCAGGGGCAGCGCCUCUUAGACAGGGGAGAGCUGAGCCAGGGAAGGAUGGUCUGAAGGGGAGGGUGAUCAUGGAGGGAUGGAGGCUGCAUCCUCUCUGCUGCUGAGGACAGGACAGCCUCCACCUCCCCAUGAGCACCUCCCCUUCAGCUCUGGAUGUGCUUCCUUUAGCUUCAGACAAUCUGGAGCAGCCUGCCCCGUGCCUCCAGUGCCACCGACUGUGUGUCCCUGGGCCAGGCUGCUGAGCAGAACCUGCUGCCUCCUGAUGGCUUCACCCACCGUGUCCAGGGUGUGCCCAUUGACAGUUGUGCUGAUGACACUAAACCCACAUGAGGUGGUGCUUGGAGGGAGGUGAGGGCUCUGCAAGGCUCAAGUAAACUUAAUUCACGUCACCACAGUGUAGCACGCCUGGAAUGCGAUGUCCUGUGUCUGUUUGUGCCCCAUGUUUGGUCUCCACACGUGGUGCGUCUGGAUCCAUCAUCUCCUAAGUGCCCAAGCACGAGGCUGUCACCCGCCGUUGUUCUCGUUCCUUCAGUGCCUGUUCAGUUUGCCUGGAGCAGCCCCACAUCCAGCAGGGUUUGAGUUCUGUUUACAGUGGACUGUCACUUUUGUUUUUAUCUUGCUCUAUGUGGAGGUAAUGUGUCUGAUAUUACUGUGAAUAUCAAGAGUCUCCUGUAUAUAAUUAACCAAUAAACUAGACUGCAUUUUA